AUGGGACUUAAAAGAAAACCCCCGACCAGCUUAUUCGACCUCCUCGAGGGUCAACCGGGGAAGGGUGCGCAAGGAACACCGCAGUCCAGCGCUCCGUCUCCACCACCUCAGCCCCAGACCAUCCAGAAUAGGUCAUCCUCCACAAAGUCGCAGCCACAAUCUCCCCGCCCCAAACUUCCUGCUCCUCCCCAACCAGCUCUACCUCCUCGGCCGGGGCCCACUGACUCAAAGAGAAAGAGGAGUCCCAAGGGUAAGGAAGCCGUGGAUGGGGGAAAAUCCCAAUCUUCCAAAGAGAGGGAUGAAGCCCCGCGUGUGAAGCAAUUGAAGAUUGGGAUCCAAAGCAAGGCUCUCCAGGCCACAAAUAGAAUGGAGGAGGAAGUUAACAAGCAGAGUAAGGCCGCCGAGAAUGAACGCUCCAAACGCCUAGACGCCUCACGGACUCUCAAAGCUUCCGAGGACGACCUCGCAAAGGCUAAGGACGCCUUAAAGGAGGCUAUCCAAGAAAGAGAUAGUGCCUCGGCGGGUUUAGAUGGUGCUCAGAGACAGGCCGAGGAACAGACAAAACGUCUACUCGAAGUCGAGGAUCAGUUGCGAAUAGCCAAGGAGCAGAUCAGUGAUUUAAAAAAGAGACUGAUCUUGGCAGAGAAUGAUAAAGGCGUGGCGGAGUAUGCCCGGGACGAAGCCAUAAGGGCCAAGCGGGAGGCUGAGUUUGCCAGAAACGAGGCUGAGGCUGCCAAGGAAACGGCUGAGGAUGAGGCCAUCCGUGAGGCUGCCUCCACCAGCUCCGAGGCUGUGAGCGAUCAACAUGAGGGAGGGGUCACUCAGUCGGAAGCUGCACAGGUCGGCGUCCCUCCUGGCGAGCCGCUUAAAGGGGGAGAGCUUCAUGAGGUGAUAGAAGCACCUGAACGUAUGGAUCUCGAGGUACCCAAAGAGGAUGCCGAGUCGAUGGUCAGCGCUCAGAUCCCUGAUGCCGAAGAGCCAGCCAUACUUGCCCAGCCCCUGCAGGCAAUUCCCCUCGCUAUGGUCCCCAAGAGUACCAACACCGACCCUGCUCAGUCUUCCCCAGAAGGUACUGUCCUCCAGGGCGUCGAAGCUGGUCCUGUUCUGCCUUCCCAGGAUGUGGCCGACACAGAAUUGAAGAAGUAA